AUGAUACUGGGAGGAUCGACCUGCUGCUGCUUCACCCAGCUGCAUCCCGCCGCCACCGCCGCCAGGCUGCGCUUGCCGCCGGCUCGCGCCGCGAACACCUCCUCCGAGCCGGCCGCCGCGCGUCUGAGGGCGGUGCUCGAGCAGGUGGACGACGAGCUGCGGAAGGGGAACGACGAGGCCGCGCUGUCCCUCGUGCGCGGCUCGCAGGGGGAGGGCGGCGGGCUCCGGUGCUUUGGCGCCGCGAGGCAGGUACCUCAAAGGCUUUAUAAACUAGAUGAGCUUAAGCUAAAUGGGAUUGAUACUUCUUCUUUCCUAUCUCCUGUGGAUCAGACUUUGGGAUCAAUUGAGAGAAAUCUCCAAAUUGCCGCGCUUCUUGGAGGUCUUUCUGUUUCAUUUGCGUUUGAGCUUUCUCAACUCCAAGCUCUGCUUACCUUUGUCGGCCUACUAUUCGUGUGGUCUGUUGAUUUGAUAUAUUACAAUGGAGGGGGGAGAAACUUGGUUCUUGACACAAUUGCUCACAGUCUCAGCGAGAAGUACCACAACAGAGUUAUUGAGCAUGAAGCUGGUCACUUCUUGAUAGCAUACUUGCUUGGAGUGCUUCCGAAGGAAUAUACUAUCACAUGUUUAGAUACACUUAUGAAACAAGGAUCACUGAACGUGCAAGCUGGGACAGCUUUUGUGGAUUUUGAGUUUGUUGAAGAGAUCAAUACAGGCAAAUUGUCUGCGAAGAUGCUGAACAAGUUCUCAUGUAUUGCACUGGCCGGAGUAGCAACCGAGUAUCUUCUGUAUGGAUACGCCGAAGGAGGACUAGAUGACGUUAACAAGCUGGAUGGACUGUUCAAGAGCCUGGGAUUCACCCAGAACAAAGCUGAUUCACAGGUGAGGUGGGCUGUGCUAAACAUCGUUCUGAUCCUGCGCCGCCAUGAAAAAGCUAGAUCGAAGCUUAAGGAGGCAAUGUCUUCUGGGAGGUCAGUUGGAUCUUGCAUCGAGGUCAUAGAAGAGAACAUAAACCCCGAGGAUAUUUGA